AGCCGCGACAGCGGCUCCCGCCGGGCCAUGGACGACUCCGCCGUGCCCGGCUACUCGCCGGGCUUCAAGAAGCCGCCGGCUACGCUGCGGCUGAGGCGCAAACGGCCGCGGAGGAGCGAGCCCCCCGCCGACCCCCAGCCAUGCGGCGCGGCUCCGCGGGUCCCCUCGGCGCCCGCCCGCCGCAACCCCUUCUCCAGCCUCGACAACGCGCCGCGGGGCCGGCAGCCGCAGCGGGAGCCGUGGCCGGCGGGAGGGCCGCCCUCGGCAGCGCCCUUCUGGCAGUUCUUGGAGUCUGUUCACGAAGAUAAGCCCACCAGGAAUGCGGAGCGCUCUGAAGGAACCAACAGCCUCAUGUUAGCCAAUGACCUUCAUUUACCUGCUCUUACACCCGAUGUUCCCACCUCACCAAGGCAUGAAUUUCCUGCAGACUGGAGUAUUAAAACACGACUUCUCUUUAUGUCUUCUCAACCUUUUACCUGGGCAGAGCAUUUAAAAGCGCAAGAGGAAGCUCAAGGAUUUGCUCAACAUUGUAGAGCAGCAGAAACAAACUUGCCACAGAGCGUACAGGAACCAAAACUGUCAACAGAACUGCGUUGUGCCUUUCAGCAAAGUCUCGUUUACUGGCUUCACCCAUCGCUGCCCUGGCUGCAGCUGUUCCCUCGUAUUGGAGCAGACAGGAAAAUAGCUGGAAAGGCCUGUCCGUGGUCACAGGAUGAUGCCUUGCAGCAAGCGCUAAUGAGCGAAUGGUCUGUCAGCUUUACCUCUCUGUACAACCUGCUCAAAGCCAAGCUAUGUCCCUACUUCUAUGUAUGCACCUACCAGUUCACCGUCCUGUUCCGUGCAGCUGGUCUUGCAGGAAGUGAUGUUAUCACAGCCAUGAUUUCUCCCACGACCAGAGGUUUAAGGGAAGCUAUGAGAAAUGAAGGCAUAGAGUUUUCCUUACCUUUGGUAGAAGAAAGUAGAACCAGAAAACAGAAAAACUCUGAAGUGAAUUUGGAAGCAGAAGCUGCUAAAAGCCCUGAAGUGUGCAAAAGCCCUGAGGACGGAGAGGAACCUGCUACAAGUGAUGAUGAUGAUGAUGAAAGUUUCUCUUGGCUUGAGGAGAUGGGAGUCCAAGAUAAGGUUAAAAAACCAGAUGCUACCUCUAUUAAACUUCAGAAGGAGAAGCAUGAAGUGCAGAUGGAUCACAAACCUGAAUCCCUCGCAUUGGUGAAAGGAACAAACACGUUCACUUUACUGAACUUCCUGAUAAACUGCAAGAGUCUAGUGGCUAUUGCAGGUCCACAGGCAGGGCUUCCACCAACUUUGUUGUCCCCCAUUGCUUUCCGAGGUGGAACAAUGCAAACACUCAAAGCUCGAAGCAUAAAUGCAAAAGCCAGGGUUCACCUGGCAUAUGAAGACGUCUUCAGCUUGGAGAUUAUCGGCCCUGUCAUGCCCCACUCCCUCCAUUCAUUGACCAUGCUGCUGAAAGCCGCGCAGAGGGGAGCAUUCUCUGCAGUACUCUACAGCCAUGAGCCAACAGCUGUGUUUAACACUAGUCUUGAUAAUGCAAGCACUGCCUUAAAUAAGGAAACCGUAUGCAAAGACCUUCCUAAGUGUGGACUGCAUUCUAAAACUUUGGAUCAGCUGAGUCAACUGCCAACGCUGGGAAAAUCUUCCAUCCGAUUUCUAGAACUGAAGGAUUACGCAUACACCUGGAAGUCCUAGGUAUACGUUACUGCAGGUUCAUGGAUCAGAAAGCUCUCUAGGGUGCAGCUGCUGUAUUUCGUUCAGGUCUACACAGGCAGCACCUAUGCGGUACUAGGAGGGACAUAACCUAGGUGAACAUCACAGACAAUAUUGCACAUCACCCAUCAUAAAACGCUUGGAAGGACUUUCAAAGGAAAUUAAGGAAAAGGCUUUGGACAUCUCCUUCUGUAUUUUAGAAAGCUUUUUUUAAAAUAAAAUUUUAUAAAACAGUUUUCUUGUGUGCUCUGAAUUCAGGCUGGAAGGCCUGUUCUCUUCAUGUGCACGUACAUUCUAUUCUGAAACACAGAAUUUCUGCGGCUGCUCUGUGCAGUAACCUGUAACCCACUCCUGAGGGGUGGAAUUCUCAACAUACGCCUUCCUUCUGAGACUGCUUAAAGCACCUUGCCAGGAGCAUGAUAGCUAAACGUCAGUAUGUUGCACCUCUUGGUUUAAGAGUAACCUCAGGACUCCAGAAGACAAAAGUCAAAUGGACACAGACACAGAGUUCCAGCUGCGUCUGAAUCAGAUUAAAAGGCUAGGACUGCUGGCAAAACCAUCCCAUAUUCCCUUAUCUACUUAUGUUGAAAUGAGACGUUUUUAACAGGCAGUUUGUAUAACGUAACAUGAAUCAGACUGAGUUGGAGCAACGCAACGCAGUUACGCCGCCUGAUCGAAGCAGAGAAAAUGAGCGGCAGCAGGAUGCCGCUGUGACUGUUCAGAGCACCAGCACGAGUCAAUUGCCUGGGUUUAAUGCAGUGUUACACUGAGGUGCAGUCAAAGCUGGUAUUCUGGACAUGUGUAAAAUGCCAUUUAUCACACAGGUAUCAGGUGAGCAGAUUGCUGCAGCAACAAGUACUAAAUCUGAAGAGCGGUAUAUGUAGAAUACUGUCAUGCUUGUACACUCAAAGCAAGAUUUCUAAUUCUACUGGUAUUUUGCACAGAAAAAGCAAUGCUUGUGGUCAUGCUACUCUCAUCUUUAUCACAGUGGAGUCCUGUUCACCUCAAUGUCACGGUUCUGAAGCAGUGACAUUAGACUUGGGGAAAGCUGGGUCUGUCAACAAAUGGCUGCAAAGUGAGGUGUGAUGAAACCUUGCCCUCCCCCAAGUUAUUUUGUACCUACACCACUUGACUACCCAGAGUACAGCAUGUAUACAAUUAACACACUUGAAUAGUUUAUGUUUACAUUGUUAUUUCACAGUAACUACCAUGACACUGACAGUCUAAUGGACAAGACAUUUGGAAACCUAGAUAAAGCUGAAUACAAGUCCCUAUCUUAUGACAGAAAAGGGCAGCUUAGAAUUUUAAAUGACAACACUAAAAAAAUACUCUAUUUUUGGUGGGGCCCAUGUAGCACAAUCUGAUUUAGGGAAAAAUGCGAAGACUAGUCAAAGUAAAUUACUGAGUCAUACCAAAUACCACUAGUGAAAAAUUUAGUGUUCAUAGCAUCACAGGGAAUACCAGGAGACGGUGUUUCUGAAGUUGCUGGUGUGUUAACGUGACUGCAAGUGACAGUGUUAAGCUAAACACAGUUACUCCAAUACCUUUUUAAUCUUGCUCGUCUGCCUCCAUCAGCAUUAGCUCUGCUCUAGGGCUUUGCAGUCUGCUGUAAACACAUUUUUUUAGCCCAACGCCACAAUCAUCAACAGCAGUUUGUGUAUAAAACAAGUUACUGAACAUAAUACAGUAAAACCAUUCUGUGGCUGCCUUUACAGGAAAACACUUGUAAUUACUCAAGCCGAUAACAAUUUUGGUAUGUGAACUUCAGAUUGUCUGUUUCUAGGAAUGCUACAAUUAUUGGUAAUUUCAGUUUGUAUUUUCACAUCCAGCAUGUCAGACUUCUGGAGAUAAACUAACAGCAAUUAAUAGCUGGCAGUUAUUAAAUUGUACUCAUUCCAGUAUGAAUUUAGCUUUGUUAAAUAACAAUUACGUUCUAGGCUAGCAGAGUGAUGUCAAAACAUUUACCAGCAAAUUCUUUAUCGUUUGCUUUGCACCAUUACCUGCAGCUGUGGCUCCUCCUGUACUAUAAACUACAUUGGUUGUAAGUCAUAGCUUUGCCUCUGAUUUCAGAAGCAUACUGUCGUUGCUUUCAACUCUGUGGUUAAGUGUGCUGGCCUUGAGGUGUGCUCGGCUCCCAUUAAUUUUUCCUGUAAGAGCUACAGCAUUACACUACCCAGUCUGCUGUUCUUCCAAUUUAAGUAUGUAUUUUCAGUACAUACUGGCAUAUUCCAACACUAACAGAGUCGUUUUUUUAUUAUUUUUUAACCUGU